UGAUAUACCAUGUGACUGCAAUGGGUCGAAGGUCACGUGUGCAGAAUGACGUCACGACAAGCCAUGAAUUUUUACUACAGUGUAUAGAGAAUAUAGCAACUGUAUUUGCAAUGAUUGGAUUUGUGUUUUAUUUUGUGUCCGCAUAAAAUCAAACGUUAUGUAGCAUAACAAGAAAUGGUACGAGAAACGAGGUACCUUCUUGUUGGGAAUUUACCCGAGAAGACUACAGAAGAUGCAGUUGGUGAACAUUUUAAGCGGUAUGGCAAAAUUCAGAGUAUAAAAUUGCAUCAUAAGGAAAAUGAAGAAGGAUCCUCAGCAAUUGUUGCAUUUGGAGACAUAAAAUCAGCCUCCAAAGCUCAUUGUGCUGAAAACAGAAUAGAAGGAAAUCUUUUAUCUACAGAAUACUGCGAAGGAUCUGCUACUGGAAGUGCUGUAACCAGGACUGUGGAACCAAGACCAGGAUACAUUAGGCCAUACAAUAGAAGCAAGGGGUCAGAAGAUGGUGAAUCCUUUGAUUCAUACUAUGGAAAUAAUAGAUAUUCUGGAAGCUAUGGAGAGGACUACACAAGGGGCAGACCAAGAGAGAGAUUUUCAGGAAGAGGAACUUUCAAAAGUUAUGACUCUAGAGGUGGUUUUCAUGGAAGAGCAAAGGCAGUAGAUCAAUCCUCUCAAGAUGGAUUUGAAAAACCAAAGGGCCUUCAUUCUCCAGCUCACUCCACCUCACGCAGUGGAAGUCGACACAGCAGUAAACAUAAGAAAAAGCAUGUGUCAAGGUCCGGCAGUCGAAGCAGCACCAGCAGCAGUUCAAGUGGAUCUACAUCAAGCAGUGCUUCACGAUCCAGCAGUCGUAGUUCCAGUCGAUGUAGUGCUACUCGAUCGCGUGCUUUGCCAUCUUCAACAAUGGUUAAGAGCUACCGUACAGAAUCGCAAGAGUCGAACAACAGUGACAAGACUGGAGCAAUUGAUAUUGAUGAUAAGCGUCCUAGAGGAAUUUGUAUCAAUCAUUUGCCACUCAGAUCUACAGAUACAAGUUUAAGAGAUGGAUUGUUUCAUGAAUACAAGAAAUAUGGAAAAGUCAAUGCAGUACUAGUAGCUGGAGCUGGAGAAGAAAGAUAUGCUGUUGUCAGUUUCAGAAAACCUGAGGAUGCAGUUAAGGCACUGACAGCGUCGCAGGAUAAAGUCUUCUUUGGAUCUAAAAUAAAAGUCGCACAGCAUGAAGGGAUAGAAGUAGACGACAAUGAGUUCCGUCCACCAGAAGCUGAACUGGAUGAGCACCAUCCAAAAGCUACUCGCACAUUAUUUGUGGGCAACUUGGAGAAAGAUAUCUCAAACCAAGAACUUCGAGAAAGAUUUUUAAAAUAUGGGGACAUACUUGACAUCGACGUGAAGAGGCAAGGGGCUGUGUCAGCAUAUGCUUUUGUGCAGUUCACUGAUAUCCGAAGUGUUGUUAAAGUUCUUAGGGAGAUGGAGGGAGAAGUGUGGGGCUCAAUGAAACUCAAGCUUGGCUUUGGGAAGAGCAUGCCAACGAACUGUGUGUGGCUUGACAAUGUGGAUCAGACAGUGCAAGAAAACUUUUUAAGCAGACAGUUUGGUCGUUAUGGACAGGUUACUCAUGGAAUUAUAGACAGAAUCAAAGGAAAAGCUCUUGUCUAUUUUACCAAUGCAGAGCAGGCACAGUAUGCUCUUCUGGAGAUGAGAAACAGAAUACUAAAUAACAAGAAGAUUAUGAUUGACUUUGCCAGCAGAGACUGUCAGGCAGAAUUUUAUCAGCAGAUGGAGAAAAAUGGGCAACUGAAGCCAGGUCUUCAUCCUGAUGAAAGAAGAGGAUGGAUGUUCAAUAGACAAACUUCGGAAGGACAGUGGGAAGCAAGUUAUGACAAUAGGCCCGCAAACUUCUUCAAAUUUACAAGUCCUGGCUUCAGGGGCCGAGGCUCAAGGGCUGGAGGACGGGGUGGAAGUCGAGGAUUCAAGGAAGACUUUUCAGAGGAGUACAGGAGAACUAGGUCUUAUGAAGAUUACAGAUAUCCAGGGGAUUCAGAUGAUUUUGAACAGGACUUAAGAGCAUAUCAGAGAGAAAGACAACAUGGAAGCCAAAGUCCUCCACCUUUUGGAGAAGAUGUGUAUGAUGACCCAGCAUACCGACGCGCUAAAGAGUACUAUAAGUAUGCGGAGUCGUACCGCAGUGGAAGUCCACACAGUGACAGAACUUACGAAGGAUAUGAUAAAAUUCGUGUAGAUGAAAAGUAUUAUGGGAAAGAGAGGUACAUUGUUCGUGAACGAAGUCCCGAUGUAGAGUAUGGUAGAAGCUGGAGUAGAUCUCCAUCUCAUGGAGCCCAAGGACCUACAAAAGACAACUUUGGGAGAAAUACUCCUCCCACACCCAUGGAUGAUGAAGUUCGAGACUUUUCAUCACGUGAUGUUAGCCCAGUUGAAGAGAGUCAAUCAAAAUUCAGUGAUUCAAAAAAUAAAAGGCGAAGUGAAGAUGACUUCAAUAUUAAUGAAGCUGAUAUUGCAGAGCUAAGUGGACGAUCAAAGUACCAAGGAGUAUUUCGUAAAGAUGAUUCUUUAUGGCCUGACGACAAAUAUGAAAGAAAAAGAUCAUAUGAUGAAUCCUUUGGUCAGGAUUAUUUAAAAUCUCCAAGAAAACUUGACAGACAGUUCAGUAGCAAGUCAUCUUUGGAGAGAAUUGAAAGUUCCAAACGGGAAAUAUAUCAGAAGUAUCAGAUGAUUCAAUCGCGCAUCACAGAAAAGUUGAAAGGUCGUAAUGAAAGCAGUCCUAGCUCAGCCAGUAGUGGGUCAGAACCAGGACAAGUAAAUGAAGGUGGACUUUCAAAACUUCAACAUGAAAAAGCACUAUUACUUGAAAAACUGAAGCAGUUGGACAAAGAAUCUAGUACAAGUGACAUAGAAGAAGCAUUUGAGAUUGAAGAUCAAAGAAAAGUUUCAUCAAAACGUGCAAGAAUUGAGCCAAUAGGACCUUGGGGGGAUUCUGUUCACCAGUCACAGAUGGAGUUGGGUGUCUCUAAAUCAUAUGACUUCAGAGGAAUAGAUUCAACUUCAAAUGUACGAAAACAACCAGACUGUAAAUUUGAUGAGAAAGAAAGAAACAAAUUUUCCACUAGAUCAAGUGUUGAAGAGAGUGAUCAUGAGGAAUUUACUUCUUUGGUUUCUCCAAAAGAUGGCCAGAUUGGAUUUAUUAAAAAGAGAAGAAAGAGUGAACAUUCAGAAGACAAGAACCGAUCUUAUAGAUCAAAACAUGGUGAAGAGGAAGAUCGUGCUAGUAGUGACAAUGAUGAAAUUAAAAACAUUUCUAGACUGGAUCAAUUAUCAUCCAAUCCUGUGUUCAGAAGAUUGUCAAGUAAUCAUUCAUCACCCCGCAAUCUCCAUUUUUCUCAUGACUCCUCAAGUGAACUACAAAGACAGCAUAGUGAGACAGAUAUUUUAGGAAGUGAAGGAAUAAACGUUUCAUUUUCUGAAGAAAGUAAGGUUCAUAAAAAGACAGAAUCAUCAAACAAAUCUCACAGCCAUAGAUCUAAACAUCGGCACAAAGAAGAGCAUCAACCAACAAUUAUUCCUCUGGGUGAUGAUUUUCCAAACUCGGAUUUAUUGGAUCCAAGGAAUCCACAAAGAAUUCAUAAAUCUUUGUCUCUACCUCUGCCAAAAUUUGCCGAAUUAGAUGCAAAUGUGAUGACAUCUCCAGAUGUCAGUGAAUCCCCAAGUAAAAUGGACUCACCAAGAUUUUCUUCUCCAAGUAGUGGAAGUAAAAAUACUUCACCCCAGAGAUCUCCAAGUGAAUCAGCCUCUACUAAUUCCCAGGAAAAUCCACAACAGGAAUAUAUCCCAGAAGAAAAUCCAUCAGACAUGAACAAUGAUGCUGUACAAGUGGAAUCAAUGGAAGUGAAAGGUGAAUUUGAUUCAGACGGGAGUUCUGAUCACAGUGAUCAUAAUUACAAUUUUGAGAUUGAUAAAAUAUCAUUAGAAGAGCGUAUUAGGAGAAUUGAUGAAAAAUUGAAUGCUGUACCUGUACCUCAAAAUAGUACUAAACUUGCAAGUGACAUUGGGUCAACAUCAACCAACACUGCUGCAGUGUCAAAAUCAGAUACCCUGGUUUCACCAUUCUGCAGAACAGCCUUAUACUCCAAGUUUAAAAUCAAUAAGAAAGAAAUACCUCCUGGCACAGGAACAGAUGCCAAAUCUGGAGAGAAUGUAGAUAUUACAAGGAAAGUAACAUCAAGAUUUAGUAUAAUAGACCAAGAUACUAAGCGGUUACAAGAUAAAAUUCAUGAAAACUUCUCUCCAAAGCCUUUGUCACAUAUUGAAGAUACUCAGAUUACUUCAUCUCCCAUGACACCACUUCGUACAAAGGGAGCUGUGAAGGAAAUGCCAGCACAGAUGCCAAAUCUCUCCACAUUACCAGGGUCUCUAGCAGGGAGGCUUGGCAAUGGUGCUGCUCCAUUUCCAACUUUGACAGUAACAACUACAACAUCUAAUAAUGGCAGAGCUGAAGAGAUAAAUGCAGUAGAUGUUUCAACAGUAAAUCCUGCUCUGAUGCCAGCAAUACCUGAAAAGCAGUGGCAAAUGGAAGGUAGUGUAAUGAAACCAGUAUUAAAGCCAUGGCAGAUGGAUACUACUUCAGUGUCAAAAAAUAGCUCUAAUGACCAAAGCUGUAGUAAAGACUCUGCUUCAGGUCAAUACCUGUCGGAGGAAAACGCACCCAGACCGUUAAUUACACCUGCUUUUAAAAAACAGAUGAGUGAUAAUUUUUCCAGAAGUGAUGAGAAGUCCUCACCAAGAAUGUCACCUAAAUUAAUCAGAAAAUCUCCAUCACCAUCUUUGGAAAACAAAGUAUCAUCUCCAGCUCAUGAUUUGGUGUCUAUGUCUCCUAAGUCUGACAACAACAUAAUACCAGAUCAUGGAAAUCAGAAAUCAAGCCCACUGUCAGAUACUGCUCAAUCUAGUUCAGAAACUUCAAAAAUUGAGACAGAAUUCUCUCUGCAAAAUGAGGGGGGAAAUUCUACAACGCAUGAGGAUUUGAAAACAAAUCAUGAUCUUUCACACACUUCAAGAAUGAGUUUAACACAAGGAAAUUUGUCUUCAAAAACUAAAACUGAGCCUAUGGAUGUGUCAAUUGAAACCAAAUUCACAGAGAAUAAAGAAGUUGAAAGCAUAAGGAAUGCUGAAUUAGAUUGUGUUAACAAGCUUAAAAGUACGCCAUCAGCCGUCUUAACAAAGGCAGAGGUGAAAGACAUGUCACCUUUAAAAAUGACGAAACAGACAAGUGGAAAUAAAGAAAAGUCUUCACAUAGUGGAAAAGAGCCUCAACAGAAACAAAACCAAGAGUCUGUGGAGGAUAUGUUGGGUUUAAAUUCUCCGAUGAUAUUUGGGAAACGAAAAGCAGAAACUGAUGAAGUGAAUAAGGUGCAAAAUGAGAAAGAGAAAAACAAGGAUGUAGUCAAAGAACACAAGUGUGAGCGUAACAGUUCAGAUUCAGAUUCCAAGGAAGUAGAAAAGGCACCAAAGGUAAAGAAACAAAAAAUAUCCAAAACAGAAUGUCAUAGCUCUGAAACAUCCCCAGAGAAGAUUGAUAAAUCUAAUUGCAGUGCUAAAAGUAAGGAAUCUCAAAAGAAAGAAAAGAAUAAAGACUCAAAAAAGAAAGAAAAAUGUGAAGGAGACUCAAGUAAGAAGGAUAAAAACAAUCAUGAAAGAAAAGAUAAAGACAAAGAUGGAGGCAGAGAUAAAGGAACCAGUACAAGUUCAUCUAAAUCACUUUCACUCUCCUCCAGUAGUAGUAGCAAACUUGAGAGCAACAAGAAUAGUAAGACAGAUGAGAAAAUAGUGAAAUCCACUAAGUCAGAAGAAAAAAAAUCUGAUAAAUCUUCCAAAGUGACAGGAUCCACAAAGUCGUUGGAUGAUAAGCAGAAAUUUAGUGAGUCGAGUACCAAAUCUGAUGAAAAGACUUUAAAGCCAAAUAAAGAGAAAACUAAACUAUCAUCAGAGCACAAAAAAGAUGCUGAAAAGGAUAAAAAGGUUAAUGAUCAUUCAGUACACCGAAAAGACAACAAAUCCAGUGCAUCAAAACCAUCAAGUGAAGUUAAGUCUAAGGAGAAAUCAAAAGACAACAAGGACAAAGUAAAUGUCAAGUCAAAAGACGUGAGUAAAUCUGAUAAAAAUACAAAGGAUGGCAUGAAUGACAGAAAUGGUAGCAAAUUGAAGAAAGAGGAAAAGCUAUCUGAUAAGAGUGGUAAAUCUAGCGCUGAAAAAUCUAGUAUGGAGAAGACUAAAGAAGUGUCUGAAGGCAAAGAAAAGAAUCCAGUUGCAAAUGAAAGUCGAAUUAAGUCGAGCAAGUUGAUGGAUGCUGAGAGGAAAGAAAAAGGUUCAUUAAAUCCAGAAUGUAAGGAGAAAAGCAAAGAAAAAUCACCAAGUAAUAAUGCAGGGACUGAUGCAGUUGCACUUCCUGAUCAGUUGAAAGACAACAAAAUGAAAGGAAAACAAGUUUCCAAUGACAAAUCUGGAAAGUCAAAAAAUAAGGAUCAGUUUAAGUCAAAAAUGAAAGAAAAACAUUCAGCUUCAGAAAAAGUGAAGGACAAAGUUUCAAAAGAUGGGAAAGGUAUGAUCAAAAGAGAGGAGAAUAGAACAGAAACUCAGAAAGAUAACACAGAAAAGAAAUCAGAAUCUAAAUCUGAACAUGUUGAAUCAAAGUCCAACAAUGCUGGUUCAGUGGAGAAAAGUGAUGAUAAGAAAUCGGAAAAUACUGAUGGAAAGACAGAAUUAAAAGGACUUCAAACAGAUUCAAAAAGAAAGGUACACGAAAGUUCAAAACCUCAGGAUAAAAUCCACAAAUCACAUAAAGAUAAACCCAAAUCUAGUUCAUGGAGUGUUUCUGAGGACAUCAUGAAAUCUGAAUCAAACAAGCAUUUGAAAGAUGCAGAGAAGUCCAAAUCUAGUAAAACUGAACGUAAGAUUAAAAUUGAUCAUGAAAGGAUGGUCAAAACAGAGAGUAAAGUGAACAAACCGGAUGGAGAUAAGAAAAAAAAAUUCAAAGUAUCAGUAGAGAAAAAGAAAUAUAACAAAGAAAGCAAAUCUGAAACAGCAAAGAAAAAAGAGGAAAAGAUUGAAGAACAUAAAGCAAGUGAUGUUGCUAAAAAAGCUGAUGAUGAAUUUGAUUGGGAUGCUUGGCAAGAACCAUAUGUGUCCAUGUAUGAUAAGGUCAAGCGUCGGUCAACUAUUAAAGACAAAGAGAGGGAAAUGGAACAAAAUCGACAAAAACAGUUAGACCAAUUGCAAGAGCGGAGGCAGAAGAAAUCAAAAAAUCAUUCAGUUUUGCAAAGUGAUAUCAGUUCUACCAAUUGCACAGAUUCUGAUGAUGUUGAUUCUAAUAAGAAGCUCUUCAAUAAACGGAAAUCAAAAUCAAAGAAGAUAUACAGUUCUUCAGAUUCGGACUCAGAUUAUACAUCAAGCAUCUUCCCACCAGAGAAAAAGCUGCAACCCCAGAAACCAAAAAUGGAUCCUUCCAAAAAAUCUAAGAAGACAUCCUUUUUGGACAUUUAUUCAUCGGAUUCAGAUGAUUCAACUGACAGUAGUUUUAGUGCUUUGCCUGUUACAAAGAAGAAAACUAAACAUCUAAACAGAGAAACAAGUGUUGAUAGUGAUGAUAUGUUUCAUUUAAAAUCUAAAAAGGUUAGUAAAAAGGACCAACAAAAACCUAAACCAAGAACAUCAUCCAAAAUAACAUCUGGGAAGAAGUCAAGUAUGUACAGUAUAUAUUCCACCUCUGAUGAAACAGAUGACAGUGAUUCUGAUUUGGAUUUUAGCAAGAAAUUGAAAUGUGCCAAGAAAUAUAAAUCGAAGUCAGAUGAAAAGUAUGUAACACAAAAGUCUUACAAAAUUUAUUCAUCAUCUGACAGCGAGUCAGUUGAUGAGACUAAUGUUUUUCCAACUCCAAAACCCAUUUCUUUACCCAAUAAAUCUCCAAAACACAAGACAAAAGAAAAACAGAAAAAUCAGAAUGAUGAUUUGAAGAUAAAGGAUGUAAAUGAGAGCAACUUAAUUGAUGGAAAGACUGUCAGUGAUAAAGAGGCUUGUAAGGGAAAGACUGUCACUGAAAAAGAGGCUUGUAAGGGAAAGACUGUCACUGAAAAAGAGGCUUGUAAGGGAAAGACUGUCACUGAAAAAGAAGCUUGUAAGGGAAAGACUGUCACUGAAAAAGAGGCUAUUAAGGGAAAGACUGUCACUGAAAGAGAGGCUUGUAAGGGAAAGGCUGUCAUUGAUAGAGAGGCUUGUAAGGGAAAGGCUGUCACUGAAAAAGAGGCUUGUAAGGGAAAGGCUGUCACUGAUAGAGAGGCUAUUAAGGGAAAGGCUGUCACUGAAAGAGAGGCUUGUAAGGGAUCUGUUAUUUCACAAACAGUGCUUGAAAAAGAUAUUCGUGUGGAAAGUGUACUGGACUCAGUAGAAAAGAUAACAGAAAGAAAUAAGAAGGAGAAAUCGGCCAAGAAAAACAAAAAGAAGGAAAAGGAAAACAUAUUAGUAGGAGAAGGUAAAUUAGAAAUAGGAAAGAACAUUCAAUAUGGUUUAUUUGAGAAAAUGGAAACAUUUAUGGCCCAAAGUGACACUAUAAAUAAAAAUUCACCAAAUCAUCAAAAAACUGCAACAGAAGAUGGUUUCAGAAAUAAGAUGAAAGAUAAGCAAUCACCAUCUACACAAGAUCAAAUGAAGAAACAGCGGGACAAUAAGAAAAAGAAAAUUGAAAAUAGAAAGGAAAGGGAACCAAUUAAAAACCAACCAUCAUUGAUAUCCCCAGUUAUGUCACCUGUAAAUGAAUUUUCUGAUGGGAUUAAUAUUGAUGAAAUGAAACAUGAUGAUGGUAAUGUUAUCGUUGAUGAGAUUCCAUUGGAAGAGAAUUCAAUGUUGAUGGAUCCUCCAUGCAAUACAGAGGAUGAGAAUGCUAGAAGUAUGUGGGAUUCCAGUGAUGAGACUUUUGUUGUACCUCAAAGAAAUGAAAAUUUGGACAAGGAAAAACUUAGCAGCCUUUCAUCAGCCAAUGAUGAUCUACACAUGCCAGACAAAGCCACCACAGGUUCUGAAGAUGCAAGAAGUAAGAAAUUAAAGAAAAAGAAAGUGGAAAAGGAUAGUGAAACACCCAAGAAAAUCAAGAAGGUGGAGAAAAUAGAUAAAGAUGGUAGUAAAACAAAGAAGAAGAAAAGCAAAAAUAAGAAUUGCUCAGAGGUGGACAAAAUCAUUGAUGAUGUUUCAAAGGGUAUAGAAAUUCUCCAGUCAGAUGUAAAAGAAACUGGCGAGCCAGAUGUUGAGAAAACAGAUGGCAUUAAUACUGAUCUUUCGGAUGUUGACCUAGAUUUCAGUACACCACUAUUUGGAAACUUUGUUCCCAAGAAGGUAAAGCCAAACAGACCAUCUGCAAAGGAUAGACAAGAAGAUGUAACAAUAGAAAAUGACAUUUUUGAUGAGGGAAGAAAAGCACACACAGAAUCUGAAGCAUCAGAGUUGAAAGAUGCAAAAGAUGAUUUUGAAGGGUCAACUGAGAAUACAAUUGAAAAUAUUGUAAACCUUGCAGAUGCAGAUAAUAAGAUAAUUGAUAAUAAAGAGAGUAGUUUGGAGCUGUCUGCUACAUCAGAGGUGGUGGCAUCAUUCACUGAUCCUGUAUCUCCACCAAAAGAGAUGGCUAAGAAUCUUUGCAAAGAAUUGAAUGAUGUCAAAUUGGCAGAUAAUUCAUGCAAUGAAAUGGAAGGGUUAAGUGCACCAAAUGCUCCAGAGACAAAAACUGACAAUGCAUUUCCAAAGAAAAAGAAUUCCAAGAAAGAGUCAUCAAGCAGGUCAGAUAUAUUUGAUUUUAAUGAUGAUGAUGAAGAAGCAAUUGAUAAACUCAAACCUCGUCACAAUGCUGAAAGAGACAGCAGUCUAAAAUCACGAAAACCUGUAGACUCAAAUAAGAUCUCUUUAAAGUGGGUCAUUGGUGACAUAACCCCAAAAGAUACUAAAACUUCUUUUGAAUCAAAGAUGACAAACAAGUUAGUAAAUCAUAAACAGGAGAGUUUAUUUGCAAGCUGGGCCAAGUCUCUUGCUGAGAGUCAUGAAAAAGAUCAUAACACUAAUGAACCCACAGAGAGUAAUAGUAUAAACAAAAUACACAAGAAGCUGACCAAUGUUAAAAACCAAUUUAAAGUUUCACAGAAACAGGAAGGAAUAGAUGCAGACAGGCACUCAAAAUUACAGACAGAUGUUGCUGUGACUCGUGAAAAAUUCGAUACUCUGGCUGAUGAGAAGAUUGUUGAUACCAAGAAUUUACCAGUAGCUGUAGAUGAAAUUGAGAAAGAAAGGAAAAAUGAUGAAAAUAAGAAACCAGAAGAUGAAAACAGUAAAUUUGAAGAGACUGUAGAAGCUGUUUCAAUUAUCCAACACAUUCAAGAUGAAGAAAAGAAAGAAAGGGAAAAUGAUGUAUAUGCAGAUGAAGGAAGUCUUGUAAUUGAUGAAACAAAUUCAUGCGUUUCUGAGACCAUUGUUGAACAGUCAGCCCCUCUGGAAACACCGCAAGCUGACAGUGAAACUGCACUUGCUAUUCAGUCUAUACUAGGCUUAGAAGUGGAGGAUAGUGCAGGUAAAGUACAAGAUUAUUCAGAGACAGAGGCAGCAGAAGAAAGUUCUCUCUCUGAAAAUCAACCAGAAGGAGACAGUACAGUUUCUCAGGAUUUGAUCGAUGAAACACAUACAGUUGAAAACAAGCCUCUAACAGCUUUGGUGCAGGAAUCUGUGCAAGAACAGGAUAUUCCAUCUCAAGAGGAAAUCCCUGCUGCAAAUCUUGCAAUGUCUUUACCAGCACACAUUGAAACAAAACCAGCAAAGCAGAAACCUCCAAAAGGAAAAAAGCAAAAACAAGUGAAACCAGUUGAACAGCUUAGUUAUAAACAUGCAAUGAAUGAAGAUUACUUACAGGAUACACAAAAUAGAGAUGACUCUGAUGAUGGAGCUCUGCAUAUUGCAACGGAUUUACCCUCUGUUCCACCUAAAGAAGAUCAAGUUAAAGAAAUACAUUUGUCAUUGGAGAAAGUAGAGCAACUGCAACAAACUGCCCCGGAAUUUGAAGUUCCACAUGUGAAGAAAUCCAAUGGUAGGAGAAAGAAAUCGGGAAAAAGCAAUAAUGAACCAAACUCAGUAUCUGAUAUUAAACUUAACUCUGUAUUAGAUACACCUUACAAUAUCCCAGUAUUGAUGGGACCUAAUUCAAAAACAGAUGUGGACACUCGUGUAGAUAUCACUGCAUUUGGUUCUCCACCUGAAGGGGAAAAAGUAGCAGAUGAUAGGGAAAUAUCAAUGUCUGACUGCACUGACUCGGAAAGAAAUGAUGAAGGUGAAUUAGGAUGUGAAGAAUCAAAGAGACCACAAAGAGGAACUAGUAAAAGAAAAAACUAUAAGAAAAUGUCAGGCAUUUUACCAAGAACCAAUUCACCAAGAUCUAGAACAUCUCCAAGAUCACCAAGAGUAGCAUCACCCAAACAACUUUCUCCCAAAUUAGAUAUUGCCACACCAGUAGUAAAGAUUGACCGCCUGCAUUUUGCCACCAGAAACCUCAAAUUAGAUGAAGAUCAGACUUCAAAAGACAUUCAACCAAAUUUGACAACUGUCAAGGAGACUAAUUCUGGUAAAGAUUCAUGUGUCAGACGUGGCAGGUCAGCAGGUUCAGCCGUUGAACCGACACAGAAGACUUUGAAUGUAUAUGACUUUGAUGAUGUUGAAAGUGACGAACAGGAUCCACUAAUUCCAAAAAGACGCUCUUCAAGCAGAAAGAAGAAAAGCAAUGGCAAUGAAGAGGCAUUUGAAUCUAAAGAUUCAGGCAAAGUUUUAAAAUCUGAAAUAAUGGAUAACGGCAUAAAAAUGACUAUUAGGCCAUCUGUAAGACCAAGCAAGGAUCUAGGUAAAGAAAAGGAAACUGAAAUACUAAAACUAAAUGAAAUUAAGAUAGCAGUUCAACCUGAACUUGUUCCAACAGAUAGCACACUUUUUUAUGCAGGAGAAGAAAAGAAAGCUAUGAAACCUAGACACAUUAUGAGUACAGAUCCCAGGGCUAGAGCUCAUUCAUUUGCUAAGGAAGGUACAAAGGCAUUUCUGGAUGGUGAGCAUCCCCCAUCAGUUGCUCCACAAACUUCAUCACCAAUGAGUAAUGUUGAUAGAAUCAUAGAUAAUGUUUCAAAAGGAAUUUUUGAUACUGCUGACAAUGAAGAAUUGUUAACACCUCAACAAAACGAUAAAUUCAGCACACCUUUGACAAUUGACAUUGGAACUUUUGAAAGAAAGCGAACCGCAAGUCGAAGCAGCUACCCUGAAGACUCCAUUUUGAAAUCACCAUCAAUGAAGUCGCCUGCACUGAGAUCACCACAAUUAUCAGCAGCUGCAAGUCCAGCAUUCCAGCUACCUGCAGGCCCUGUCAAGACCCCACCAAAUACUAUCUCAGCAGUGAAUCCAUUAUAUCAGAACAAGAUGAGCACCUUGUUACCCAACGGUCCGUAUGCAGGACACAUGUCGGAUCUUCAAAACAAGGACACAAUUAGUCAUCAUUUGAUGCCAUCUACUCCAACAGCAACUUCAUCUCCCAUUUCUACUCAGUCUACAGUCAUAGGGACAAUGGCAAAUAAGCCAGAUAUGCAUGUGACAAUGACAGUGCCGCAAUUAACAAACAAUAAUGGAAGAGUUCCUGCACACAUGUCAAGUUCUCUUGGAAAAGCAGUCACUACUCAGAAGGAAAUUGGUAUGAACUUAACCAAAAGUGCAUUUGAAUCUACCCCUACUUCUGUGCUAAGCACAGUUUCUUCAACAAGUGUUGGCAGAUCUGUCAUAGCUAGUGCACAUUCUCAUCUGGCUCAGAGUUCCAAUGCACAUUUAACCACAGCUGGAAUGAAAACACAGAAUACUCAACCAAAUCCAUCAGUGAACUCCAGCAUGUCAGUUGCAAGUGGUCAGAGAAUUCAUCAUAUUUCUUCACAUCUCCAAAGUCAGAAUGCACCCGGUGCUGAGAAGUGUAUCUCUGCUGCUGUUUCCAUUGGUGAGCGUCAGCAUCAGAUUGUCACAUCUGCUCCUACGUGUGUUGUGCAUCCUAUAACAACAACUUCUCUCAGUAAACAGCCACAUAAUAUGCCAACAAUGAUUCAACCCCCAACUGGUGGAGAGCGUUUCUAUUCUGAUCACACAACAAGGGAAAGCAUUACCAAAGAGCAGCUACAACAUUUGCCAUAUCUUCAAUUAAUGCAAGAAAUGCAGCAGCACCCAGGUCAAAAAUCCAGUAAAACUUGUCAAAAACAGCAUGAUAUGAAUAAAGAAAGUCCUCAAAGACCACCAAGUGCUCACAGCAACCAGCAAAAACCCAUGUUACCUGGAGAUCCUCAUGUUCGACUUGCCCAUGAGCAGGCCUAUUUAGCAAUGCAAGAUCAAUUACGGACACAAUUCAUACAUUCCAAACAGGGAUUUUAUCCAACAAUUUGGGCUCACCCACACCUUAUUCCUGCAGGUGUUAAAGUUGAUGAUAAAAAACAGGAAACAAAAACAACAUCUCCUAAUUUGCAUCAGCAACAACACAACAUUGUAGCUGCCAGUUCUCAGCACCCUCAGAUCAAGUCACCAGCAUUAGCACAAACUGCUCCUAGCAUUCAUCCAAUGGGGCAUCAACUUGUGACCAACUCGAGUCCUCCAAAUAGUGGCUGUAAAAAGAUUUCUGAAAAAGCCAAUGCCACGAGACUGGGUAUGUCUGCUCAUGAGGGUUCAAAGUCUCGACCUCCAUCACAUGAAACAUCUCGAGCAUCUCCUCGAGAGCCCUGGAGUCAACCAAGUAACAUGCACACCCCAGUUGGGCCUAAACCAGCUCACCAACUUCCAGAUCACAAUCCUCCAAUGUCACAAAAAGAGCAUAUUAAAAAGAAAAGAGCUGAGGAGCGCAAACAACAGGAAUUGGAGGAAAUGCAUUAUCAGAGACAAAUUGAGUUGCAGUUCUUAGAGAAACAGUUUCAAAUGGAACAAGCUGCAGUGCUACAUAAACCUAGCAGUUCCACAUCUAACCAACCCACUGACAUGCGACAGACAGCUCAUGUCCAUGGACAACAAAGACCAGAUGGACAAGUGGAUGGCAAAAAUUUGAUAGAUCCUCGUUUUGUUCAACAUCCAAUGUAUCAGAGUAUGCCCGACAUCCGAAGGCCAUCUUCUCAAAAUCCAAGUGCUUUCACACCACCAAUAUCAGGCACCGAUAUUUCACCAGCAAUUCCAGCCCAUAAAAAUUAUGCUGAAAUUCAACAGCAGUUGUACAAUCAGCAGCAUGCUCACCUGUACAGUGUACCAAUUGAUCCCCACAUGCAUCUGAUAGCAACAGGUCUGCCACCCCACUAUAUGCCUAGGCCCGGACUGUCCAUUCAGGACUUGACAGACUCUGUACAGCCUGGCAGAAGCAGAUCACCUCUAAAUGUUCAGAAUAAUCCUGUUAGCAGUCAGACUUCAUCUAAGCACAGGGAACAGGAAGACCGCAUAGUUCAUGUGCGUGAAACGCCAUUGCCUAUGCAACCCAGGGUUAUUCAGGAGAGUCCAGCACCAGGAGGAGAAGGCAGUUUGUUAAGUCUUCUGCAGCGGUACCCAGUGAUGUGGCAAGGUGUACUUGCUUUGAAGAAUGACCAGUGUGUUGUACAGUUACAUAUGAUUAAUGGAUUUGAACAACUAGUUAAGCUGUCUCUACCGCAACAAGGUCCAGAUGGAUCAGUACAGCCUCUCCGAAUAGCCCAAAGAAUGAGACUGGAGGCAGCUCAGUUGGAUGGGGUCAUAAAGCGCAUGAAGUUUGACAAAGACUACUGCAUGCUGUUGGCCCUUCCCUGUGGAAGAGAUCAUGAUCAUAUUAUAGAACAGACAAGAGCAAUGACCACUGGAUUUAUUCAGUAUCUUCAACAGAAGCAAGCAGCUGGAAUAGUAAAUGUAGCUGAACCAGAGACUCAACAGCCUGCAUACGUGGUUCAUAUUUUCCCUCCCUGUGAUUUCUCUCGGAGCACACUUGAACGCCUCGGAUUUGACUUGAUGCAGCCAUUGAGAGAUUUAGCCCAUUUGCUAGUGAUUAUUACAACUGUGGCUUAAAAGUACAAUGGUGAAUGAAUUGUAUUUGUAUGUGGAAUUGAUCAAAUCAUGAAUACAAUACAAACAACAGGAUCCAAAAUGGUGAUUUCUUUGCUUUACAGAUCUUGCUGUUGAGGAAAAACUUCUGUCAUUGAAUGAUACUUGUGUUUAUAUAGGGCAUUUUUUCUCCUCUGUGAGAACAUGCAUAUAUUUAUGAAGAAUUGUGUUAAUGAACUUUCACAGGAACUUCAGUGUUUGUGAUCAUCAAAAACAAAACAAGAAAGCUGAUGAAAAGUGCUGAUAUUUCAUGUACUAUACCUUGUACAUAUUGUAUAGUGAUGUGUAACACUGUUCUUGACUUGGGAGUAACUUUACAUAUUGUAUAGUGAUGUGUAACACUGUUCUUGUCUUGGGAGUAACUUUACACUCUUUGAGUAGUGUUUGUUGCCCUCAUAUUUAUUUCAGGUACAGCUGCAUUGCUUAUGUAGCUGUUGACAGCGGUGGAUUCAAUAGUGCUGUUGUUAAUUUGGUUUGCAUGCUUAUACCCGUCCUAGUUAUCCACUUGUCAAAGGUCACACGGACAAGCUGUACAUACUUGAGGAUUUUCAUUUGCUAUACUCAUUAAUGUAAUCCAUGUUAAAAUUUAUUUACUUUUUUUGUACAUCAAGUUUACUUUUUUGUCCAUUAAGCUGUAAUUCUUAUGUAAUAAGUAUGUACAUAUAUUUUGUAUUGUGGAAAUACAGUACAUUGUAAGAUUAUUGUGUAUUUCACAGUGUUACAAAUAGUUUUAGGUGUUAAUGUAUACUUUAAGUGUCUGUGAUAAGUCAAUUUAUAUGAAUUCAUGGGUGGUAUAUUUUGUUAUUAACCAUGGUGUGGAGUUCCACCAUCAGGUUCUGUUUUGGUUUUUUUUUUUCCUUUCAUCAUUGUUAACAGUGAGUGUGGAAAACUUUUUGUAUCGCUGGAAUGGAUUGAGUGUUCAAGAUGUGAGUAGGUAAGUGUGGAUUUCUGGUGUGUGAUGAUUUGGAAAAUUCAAGUUUUUUAGGUAACAAAACUUUUAAAACAUUAAAUUGUCACCAAAAAAUUAAUGAAAUAGUCAAGUGGAACAAAAUAUUGAAAAUGAAAAAAAAAAAGUGAUUUGUAGAUAUGUUGUAACAAAUAUAAUUGAACAAGAUUACAUAUUUUAGAAUCUUUGACUUGUAUAAAUGUAUGUUCAUCAUGUCUCAGAUCUCAUUAAGGCAGCUAUUUAUCACUGAAUGACAUUGAAACUGAAUGAAUGACAAUUGUCCUUAGACAGAAAUUAAAAUGAUGGAAGACAAAAAUGUGAUGUUUUUCAUUUGAGUGGUUGUGUGUUAUGUAAUUUUCGUGUAAAUGUUGAAACUGACAAAUAAUUUGCAAACUUACUGUGCUGGUUUAUUAACUUUAACAUUACACAGUUAUUUCUUUGACAAUAGUUUUGGGGUUUUUUUUAUAUUACAAAAUUGUUGAGUUUGGGGAGGGGGAAACAGAUAUGUUUACAAAGGAUAAAUUUUACAACACACAACUAGGUAAUGUUUUCUGAACAGUUUGGUGCUACACUGUGAUACUUUUUCUGUUUGUAAGUAGAAAGCUGGGUGUUAGAAUUAUCUUCUUCCAUGGAUAUCGGAGUUUUAUUUUUGUAAACCUCUGUUAGUUUUACAAUAUUUGUGGCUCAAUUGUAUAUAUCUCAUAACACUAUUUGUCAAACAUUUCAUGAGAGGAUGCUUUAAGAGAAUAAAGUACAAGCCAAUGAAAUGAAAAUGCA